CAUUGAUUGCAUUGCAUUCCAUAAGUUCGACGCAUUUAUUCAAUUCAUUCAAUCAUUCAAUUGAUUUAGUGAUUCAUUCAAUUGGUUUUCAACAAAAAAUAAUACAAAAACUCAAGAGUAGUGAAGAUUACUGAAGAUUACAGUCAAACAAACAAACAGAUAGAAGAAGAAGAAGAAGAAAAUGUUUAACUAUAAGAGCAGAUCAAUGACAACGUUGAACAUGACAUCGGUAUCGGUGGUCGACAACAGUAUCGACUAUUUGAACAAAGAUGUGGACUCAUUGACCAAAGAGAUUGCAGACAUCGAAAAGAAGAUCAGAAUCGAAGACAACAAAUGUCGACAAUUGGACAGUGAAUGCACUGAAGAGGAACAGCGAGAGGCAAAACUUCAGCAGACCAUCGAUGACAAUGAAAAACAAUUUAAACAAUUGACUGAAGACAAUGAACGACUGACCCGUUAUAUCUCUAGUCUGGAAAUGUCGGACAAAGAAUUACAACAAAUGCAACAAUCGAUGCAAUUGGAGAUCAAACGUGUCGGCGAUCAACACCGGCAACAGCUGACAGAACUGAAUCAAGUGAAGGACUUUUAUGUCAAACAGUUGGACGAAAAACGCAAAGCCUAUGAACAGUUGGAUGCAAUCGUUUCCGAAGUUGUCGACAAUGACUUCGACAGACACCAGCGUUCGGUGUUUAUGGAAAAGAAGAAACAAAACGAAGAAAUUCAACUGGAUAUUCAACGACUGGAACAAGAGAUCCAAUCGAUCACAGAAACAAUGGCGUCAUUACCGUCAACCUGUUUGGACAAAUCGCUCGAUGAGUACAGGGAUCCGAUUAAAGUGAUCGUCAAAAUUGCCGAAACAAAGCUUCAAACUAAUGCUAUGCAGGCAUACCUUAUUGAAGACCUCAAGAAUAGAGAGGAAUUGGACAGUCAGUCGACUAACAGUGAUAACAGUUGUCUUAUUAUUGAACCAUCGCAGCCAUUGGUAACAACAACAACCAUAACCACAACCACAACAAUAACAACACCAGAAAGUCAGACAUUGGAUAAUGAGGUGCAACUGUUGGACGAUUUGCAUAUCGUUUCCCAACGUACUGAUGAACCGAAUGGAUCGCAAAAUAAUCUAAUCGAAGAAGUUGUCGACAUUGAAGGCGAAGAGAUGGACACUCAAUCGGUAACUUCGAGUUUGUUGUUCAGCAAAUUUUUCGAUGCAAAAAGUUUGGUGACCAACAACAACAACAAUAACAACAAUGACAACAAUAAUAACAACAAUAACGAUGAUGAUAAUUGGUCCACCGAUAAUGGCUUCAAAUUGUUUGACCAAUUGGACGACCAAACAGACCAAUCGGUCCGAUCGGAGACCAAAUCUACUGAUUUUUUUUCAUUUUUCAAAUAAUUUUUAUUUAUUUCAUUUA